AUGCCGAAGAACAGCAAGGUGACGCAGCGGGAGCACAGCAGCGAGCAUGUCACCGAGUCAGUGGCUGACCUGCUGGCUCAUGAAGAGCCCGUGGACUACAAACGCAGCGUCCUCAAUGUGACGGGGGAGACCUGGGACAAGCAGAAGGAUGGAGAUGAGGAGCUGGAUGCGGAGAACCGGCCGGCGUGGAACAGCAAGCUGCAGUACAUCCUGGCGCAGAUCGGCUACUCCGUGGGGCUGGGCAAUGUCUGGCGCUUCCCCUACCUCUGCCAGAAGAAUGGAGGAGGUGCCUACCUGGUCCCAUACCUGGUCCUGCUCAUCAUCAUCGGGCUCCCCCUCUUCUUCCUGGAGCUGGCGGUGGGGCAGCGGAUCCGCCGGGGCAGCAUCGGCGUCUGGAAUUACAUCUGUCCUCGCCUGGGGGGCAUCGGCUAUGCCAGCUGCCUCGUCUGUUUUUUUGUUGGUCUCUAUUACAACGUCAUCAUCGGCUGGAGCAUCUUUUACUUCUUUAAGUCCUUCCAGUACCCUCUUCCCUGGAGCGAGUGCCCCAUCGUGAAAAAUGGCUCGGUGGCCGUUGUGGAGACCGAAUGCGAAAGGAGCUCGGCCACCACCUACUUCUGGUACCGGGAGACCCUAGACAUCUCCAACUCCAUCUCAGAGAGUGGGGGGCUCAACUGGAAGAUGACCCUGUGUCUGCUGGUGGCCUGGAGCCUUGUUGGCUUGGCCAUGAUCAAAGGCAUCCAGUCCUCGGGGAAGGUGAUGUACUUCAGCUCGCUCUUCCCCUACGUGGUGCUGGUUUGCUUCUUGGUGCGGGGACUUCUGCUGCGUGGGGCAGUAGAUGGGAUCAUGCACAUGUUCACACCCAAGCUGGACAAGAUGCUGGACCCCCAGGUGUGGCGGGAGGCAGCUACGCAGGUUUUCUUCGCCUUGGGCCUGGGCUUCGGGGGGGUCAUUGCCUUCUCCAGCUACAACAAGCAGGACAACAACUGCCACUUUGACGCCACGCUUGUCUCCUUCAUCAACUUCUUCACAUCCGUCCUGGCCACGCUGGUUGUAUUUGCUGUCCUGGGCUUCAAGGCCAACAUCAUGAAUGAGAAAUGUGUGGUGGAGAAUGCUGAGAAGAUCUUGGGCUACCUGAACACCAACGUGCUGAGCCAUGACCUCAUCCCACCCCACGUGAACUUCUCCCACCUCACUGCCAAGGACUACAAUGAGAUGUACAGGGUGAUCAUGACAGUGAAAGAGGGGCACUUCAAAGAACUGGGCUUGGAUGCCUGCCUGUUGGAGGAUGAACUCGACAAGUCGGUGCAAGGAACUGGCCUGGCCUUCAUUGCCUUCACAGAAGCCAUGACCCACUUCCCAGCCUCACCAUUUUGGUCUGUCAUGUUCUUCCUGAUGCUGAUAAACCUGGGGUUGGGGAGCAUGAUCGGGACCAUGUCAGGGAUCACUACGCCCAUCAUCGACACCUUCAAGGUGCGGAAGGAAGUGUUCACAGUUGGUUCCUGCAUCUUCGCCUUCGUGGUGGGACUGAUCUUUGUGCAGCGCUCUGGGAAUUACUUUGUCACCAUGUUUGACGAUUAUUCAGCCACGCUGCCACUCACGGUUGUGGUCAUCCUGGAGAACAUCGCUGUGGCCUGGAUUUAUGGCACCAAGAAGUUCAUGCAGGAGCUGACAGAAAUGCUGGGUUUCCGGCCCUAUCAAUUCUACUACUACACCUGGAAGUACGUGUCUCCCAUCUGCAUGGCCGUGCUCAUGACCGCCAGCAUCAUCCAGCUGGGAGUCAGCCCCCCAGGCUACAGUGCAUGGAUCAGAGAGGAGGCUGCAGAAAAGUUCCUUUUCUACCCAACCUGGGCCAUGGCUAUCCUCAUCUCUCUGAUCAUCCUGGCAUCCCUCCCUCUGCCUCUGGUCUUCAUCCUCCGGCAGUUCCAUCUCGUGUCGGAUGGCUCCAACGCCCUCUCUGUCACCUAUAAGAAGGGCCGGAUGAUGAAGGACAUCUCCAAUUUGGAAGACAACGAUGAGACCCGCUUCAUCCUGAGCAAAGUACCCAGCGAGACCCCGUCCCCCAUGCCCACACACCGUUCCUACCUGGGUCCCGGGAGCAACUCCCCCAUGGAAAUGAGCAGUGCCCCCAACGGACGAUAUGGGAGUGGGUACCUACUGGCCAGCACCCCUGAAUCCGAACUGUGA